AUGGCGCGUUACACCGCCCUGUCUCUCCUCCUCCUCCUCCUCCUCUUCGUCCUCUCCGCCGCCCCCCAUCACUCCUCCGCCGCAGUCUCCGAGUCGCUGAAGAACGCUUGCGCCAAUUUCGUCUACCCUGACUUCUGCCUCGAGGCGCUUGGAGACGACCCCCGCAGCGCGACCGCCGACCUCCACGGACUCGCACUCAUCUCUCUCGACCUGUCCGUAGCCAGCGCCAACGCUAUCAGCUACGAUUAUGCUCAGCAAAGACGCGACCCGUCCCACGACGCGAGCCGCAAGAACUGGCUGGAUUCGUGCCUGCUCCUCUACCAGGGCAAUCUCCCUCCUCUACUGAAUUACACCCGCAUGUUUCUGGAGAGCGGCAAACCGGGGGUUGGGAUCGGGUUAUUGACUCAUGCGACACAGGUGGGAUUGGUAUGUGACGGAGGGAUGAAGAUAGGAGACAAACCUAAAUUGGAAUACCUCCUUCUCCUCGCAGGGAGGUUCCUGAAUCUCCUCACUUCUCAGUAG